CCUUCAAAAGUUCGAUUUUCAAUCAAAAAAACUAACCCAGUGCUAUCACCUCUGCGAAAUCACCCAACGGACAAAAAUAAUUUCAUGACGAAAGACCAAAUCGUCACCAAGUGCUACAAUUAAAUUGACCUUGAGACUCCGCUGAUACGUCCCACGUUUCCACCGACUCAUAAAAUCCCAUUGAAAGGUGAUGACAACUCUCAUACUGGGCAUUGGCCUUGGAUUGUUUAUAAUCGUGACACUCUGGCUAUCGGCUGGACUGAUAUUCGCUGUUGCUCUGAGAACUGAGAAGAGAAUCGGGGGUUUCGCUGUUGCUGUUGCUGCAGUCAUAACCAUUAUUUUGGUCAGUGUACCGAAAAACUCGGAGUAUCCAAGGUCACAUCACGAAAAGUCUUACGAUCAUCUCUUCAUUUGGCGAGUGAUCCUUCUGACGCUCUUGGCAGGCUCCUCCCUGGUGGCCCUGAUCGCCUACAUCAAGUACGAACUGAUGGAAUCCAGAAGGCCCAGAAAAAUAACCACCUGGAUAUUCUAGUCGCCAUUGAAUCGCUCAGUAAC